AUGGCGGACCUCGAGUCUUUCAUACCCGCGCUUCAUAAGCCAACUUCGCUUUUGCCGAUUGCCCGUCACAAGGAUGCUCUUCUCUACACGAUCGAGCAGCAUCCCGUUACCGUCUUGAUUGGACAGACGGGCAGCGGCAAAACGACACAGAUCCCACAGUAUCUGGAGCAAGCUGGAUGGUGCAACGAUGGCAAGAUCAUUGCCGUCACUCAAGCAUGUCUGCACUGUUCCCAAUAUAAGUUGAUGAUGGUUGACGGCUUCUUACAGGCGCAUCAUAGCCACGGAGAGUGGCCGCGACAACGGUGGCCAAGCGAGUGGCCGAAGAGAUGAGAUGCCAGUUGGGACAAGAGGUCGGCUAUUCAAUUCGAUUCGAAGACGCCACCUCUGCUUCCACCCGGAUCAAAUUUCUCACAGACGGUCUGCUCCUUCGAGAGGCCCUUGUGGACCCUCUGCUCUCCCGAUACAGCAUUAUCAUGGUCGAUGAAGCGCACGAGCGCAGUCUGAGUUCGGACGUACUGCUGGGUCUCCUGAAGAAGAUUCGAAAGCGUCGAGCAGACCUGAAAAUAGUUGUCAGCUCUGCCACUCUGCAAGCCGAAGACUUCUCAAGAUUCUUCGCCGACAGUCAACCAGCGGCAGAUAACAUUGAGGACAGCUCUGCCCACAUCGUCAGCGUGGAAGGUCGAGCUUAUCCCGUGGACAUCCACUAUCUGACCGAUCCGUGUGAAGACUAUCUGGAAAGAGCCGUCAAGACAAUCUUUGAGAUUCAUUCUUCUGAAUCCGAUGGCGAUAUACUGGUCUUUCUCACAGGCAGAGAGGAGAUCGAGACCGUCAUGGAGAUGAUUGCCGACCGUCUGCCUUCUCUGCCAUCUGGACUCCAAAAGAUGCUACCGCUUCCUCUUUUUGCAGGCCUGACCACGGAGCAGCAGAUGUACGUGUUCGAGCCAGCACCAGAGGAUACGCGCAAGAUAAUAUGCGCGACCAACAUUGCCGAGGCCAGCGUCACCAUCGAUGGCAUCAUCUAUGUGAUCGACAGCGGCUUCGUCAAGCUAAGGGCAUACAAUCCCACCUCUGGCAUCGAGACACUCGCUGCUACUCCGGUCUCGAAGGCUUCUGCCACACAACGCGCCGGGAGAGCAGGACGGACGAAACCAGGGAAGUGCUAUCGUCUCUACACGGAAGCCGAUUUCCACUCUCUGUCUGAUGCCACAGUACCGGAAAUCCAACGCUCAAACCUGGCACCUACCAUUCUCCAGCUCAAAGCGCUGGGAAUAGACAACAUAGCCCGUUUCGACUUCAUCACUCCGCCACCGGCAGAGCUCAUCAUUCGAGCCCUGGAGCUACUCUACUCCCUUGGCGCACUGGACGACUAUGCCAAGCUGACCAAACCCGUGGGCACAAGGAUGGCCGAGCUUGCACUGGAGCCCAUGCUGGCCAAAUGCCUCCUCUCCGCACCAGACUUUGGCUGUCUCUCCGAGCUGCUGUCUAUCGCGGCAAUGGUGAGCUUGCAAGGCAACGUGUGGUUCUCCCACGACACGAAGAAAGCGGAAGAGACCGCGCGGAGGAAAUUCGCCGUCGAGGAGGGAGACCAUCUCACUCUGUUGAACGUCUAUCAAGCAUUCGUCACCAAGGGCAAGAAGGACUCCAAAUGGUGUCAACAGAAUUACCUCAAUUUCAAGUCCAUGAGUCGAGCCGUCAGUAUCCGAAACCAGCUCCGGCGAUACCUCGAGCGCUUCGGCAUGGACGUGAGCGAGUCACUGAGCGGCAACGACGUUCUCCGCGCGGGCGGCAGGCCCAAGGAAGAGUCCAUUCGGCGUUGUCUCACGAGUGGCUUCUUCGCUCACGCGGCUCGCAUGAUGCCCGACGGUACUUUCAAGACGGUCGAUGGUGGCACCACCUUGCAUGCGCAUCCAUCGAGUUUGAUGUUCAAUCGCAAGGCGGAUUGGGUCAUCUUUACCGAAGUCAUGGAGACGGGCGACAAGACGUUCAUCAGGGACGUGACCAAGGUGGAAAAGGCGUGGCUGCUCGAAUACGCUCCGGAGUACUAUAGAAUCAAGCAGUAA